AUCAAAAUGGCAACAUUCUUGAAAACCCAAUUGAGCUCCCAUGCCAUAGAGGGUGAAGAAAGUGGGAAUGGUGAAGUUGAGAAAAACCCUUCUAAAACCCUUUCAUUUCCCUUUUGGUACUGUGCUGAAACAGGUAUAUACAGCAGCAAGUACCCUUCCAUAAAAUUGCCAGAAGACCCUUUUCUUGAUGUUGUUUCCUUCAUUUUUUCUCACAAAAAUGGUGGGGUUUCUGCUCUUGUGGACUCAACUUCUGGCAUUUCAAUUUCCUAUUCAGAGCUUUACCCAAUGGUUAAGUCUAUGGCUAGUGGUCUUCAUCAAAGGGGUGUUUCAAAAGGUGAUGUUGUUUUGAUUCUCCUCCCUAAUUCCAUUUAUUUCCCUGUUAUUUUGUUGGGUGUUUUGGCUCUUGGUGCAAUUGCAACCACUAUGAAUCCAUUUAGUAAUUUGUUAGAGAUAAAGAAGCAAGCCCUUGAUUGUUGUGUAACUUUGGCAUUUACUUCUAAUGAUAAAGUUGAUAAAUUGUCUACAUUAGAUAUUCCAGUUAUAGGGGUGCCAGAAAUUUUGGUUUCUGGUUCGAAUUGUAGUGAAAGUUCUGUUUUUUAUGAGCUGAUUUCCUGUGAUCCCAAUUGGGAUUCAAGACCUAAAAUAAGCCAGCAAGAUACAGCGGCAAUUCUGUACUCGUCUGGUACUACUGGUGUGGGAAAAGGCGUUAUCUUGACUCAUGGGAACUUUAUAGCCAUGGUGGAAACUUUUGUGAGGUUUGAAGCUUCACAAUAUGAAUAUUCGAGUUCUGAGAAUGUGUACUUGGAUGUUACACCAAUGUUUCAUGUGUAUGGGCUUUCUCUCUUUGUGAUGGGGUUGUUGUCGUUGGGAACUACCAUUGUUGUGAUGAGCAAAUUUGAUGCUGAUGAGAUGGUGAAAGCUAUUGAAAGAUACAAUGUCACUCAUUUCCCCCUAGUCCCACCAUUACUAAUGGCAUUGACUAGAAGAGCAAAGGAGGGUGCUUCGAGCAGUAUGAAGAGCUUGAAACAGGUUUCAUGUGGUGCAGCACCAGUAAACCCAAAAUCCAUUGAAGACUUUUGUCACACUCUCCCGGAUGUUGAUUUCAUUCAGGGAUAUGGCAUGACUGAGUCAACUGCUAUUGGAACACGUGGUUACAAUAAUGAAAAGCUGCAUAAUUAUUCUUCAGUAGGGCUUCUAGCUCCAAACAUGCAAGCUAAAGUAGUGGAUUGGAUCACCGGUUCAACCUUAGCUCCCAACUGCAUGGGUGAGCUCUGGCUUUGUGGACCUGGUGUAAUGAAAGGAUACUUGAAUAACUUAGAGGCUACUAAGUCUACGAUUGAUGACAAUGGUUAUCUCCAUACUGGUGAUAUUGCGUAUUUUGAUGAAGAAGGCUAUCUUUAUGUCAUUGACCGUCUGAAAGAAACUAUCAAAUACAAGGGCUUUCAGAUAGCUCCUGCUGAUUUAGAAGCUGUAUUGGUCUCACAUCCAGAUAUCAUUGAUGCUGCAGUAAUAGGAGCCAGAGAUGAGGAAGCUGGAGAAAUUCCAGUUGCAUUUGUCGUCAAGAGAGACGGGUGUGCAGUUUCCCAAACAGAUGUAAUCAACUUUGUUACUAAGCAGGUUGCACCAUUCAAGAAGAUUAGAAAAGUUUACUUCAGAGCUUCCAUACCCAGGUCUGCAGCUGGGAAGAUUCUUAGAAAGGAGUUACGGAACUUAUUAACUUCCAAAUUAUAGAGCCUCUUCAUCAACUGUUGAGCUCUGGAGCUGCCUAACAAAGUUCGCUAACCGGCGAUACACAGAAGAAAUCAGUUAUAGAUGAAGAUAAUUUUUUUGUGUUUUCUUAUA